GAGAAAUUGACAGAUUACUGCUAAGUGUGCAGCCGGUGUGCUGCAGCUGCUGCCUCCGUGCACCGGAGACGAGGACCCAUCUGCGGACUGCGAAUACAUCAGGGAGCGGCAGAGCGCCAAAGCGAGGGGCGCCGGAUCCAGUGGGACUGUGGAGUGCUGCCCCCCCGGCGGGGCGCGCGGCUCAGCCAUGGAGCACGGAGACGCUGUCCGCGCGCUGCCCGCCGCUGCCUACCAAGGACGACCGGCGGCAGAGCCGCAGGAGCCAGGCUCAGACUCGCCACAGAUCCGCACGGCCGCUUAGUGCCCCGGCCACCAGCAUCUUAAUGCUGCUCUUCCUGGAUUUACGGGGAGCCAUUUUGCCUGCCUGGCUCGCUAUUUACGUUACUUCUAAAGAGAAAAGGCGACAGAGUUCCUGAGGAGAUGUGAUUAAACACGAGGGCUCUUUUGUGAUUGCAAAAAAAGAAAAAAAAAACAAAUAACAAAAUGAAAUAGCUAGAGGGAGAGAAAGGACCUGUGAGAACUACAGAGACGGAGAGUCUCGUUGAAUCCAGGGUAGGGCCAGUUCUCCUCUCCGCGCAGAAUCCCCCAGACGAUGCUGAAUUAUGAACGUGUCACAUCAUGAGUCUCCUGUGGCAGGUAACUGUGCAGCGUACCUGGAAUGCCGCGCCGCUCUUUUUAGUCUACCUCAUGGUGAGAGCACUGAGUCUGUGCGCCGCGUCGGCGGGAGCCCAGGGCUGCCCGGCGGUCUGCUCCUGCACUAACCAGUUCAGUAAGGUGGUCUGUACCCGCCGUGGCCUCACCAGGGUCCCCCCGGGGAUCCCGUCCCACACCCGGUACCUCAACCUCAUGGAGAACAGCAUCGAGCUGAUCCAGGCGGACACCUUCCGCCACCUGCAACACCUGGAACGGCUGCAGCUCGGCAGGAACGCCAUCCGGCAGAUCGAGGUGGGCGCCUUCAGCGGCCUGACCAACCUCAACACACUGGAGCUGUUCGAUAACCGUCUGACAGCGGUCCCGAGCGGAGCCUUUGAAUACCUGUCCAAGCUGCGGGAACUAUGGCUCAGGAAUAACCCCAUUGAGAGCAUCUCCUCGUACGCGUUCAACCGCGUACCCUCCCUGAUGCGCCUGGACCUGGGCGAGCUCAGGAAGCUGCAGUUCAUUUCAGAUGGUGCUUUCGUGGGAUUGUACAACCUGAAAUACCUUAACCUUGGAAUGUGUAACAUUAGGGAGAUGCCCACGCUCACUCCGUUGGUCGGGCUGGAGGAACUAGAGAUUUCAGAGAACCACUUUCCGGAAAUAAAACCGGGAUCUUUCCGAGGGCUGAGAUCGCUGAAGAAGCUCUGGAUUAUGAACUCACAGAUCACUCUGAUAGAGCGCAAUGCGUUCGAUGACCUCACGGCGCUGGUGGAGCUGAACCUGGCCCACAACAACCUCAGCGCCUUGCCCCAUGACCUUUUCAUGCCGUUGAGAUACCUGGUGGAGCUCCAUCUCCACCACAAUCCCUGGAACUGUGACUGCGACGUGGUGUGGCUCUCCUGGUGGCUACGUGAGUACAUCCCUACCAACUCCACCUGCUGUGGCCGCUGCCACUCGCCGGCACACAUGCGUGGCCGCUACCUGGUGGAAAUGGAUCACACCACCUUCCAGUGCUCGGCACCCUACAUCGUGGACGCGCCCCGGGACCUCAACAUCUCGGCGGAGCGUGUGGCAGAGCUGAGAUGCCGGACGGCACCCAUGUCUUCAGUCCGAUGGCUGCUGCCCAAUGGCACCGUGCUGACACAUGGGUCUAGCCACCCGCGGAUAUCUGUGCUCAGCGACGGCACGCUCAACUUCUCUAACGUGCUGUCCACGGACACGGGCAUCUAUACCUGCAUGGUGACCAACGUGGCGGGCAACUCCAACGCCUCUGCCUAUCUCAACGUAAGCAACGCCGAACUGAAUACGUCCAACCUGAGCUACUUCACCACUGUCACUGUGGAGAUGGGGGGGCCGCCGUCGGAGGUGCCGCCCAAGCCCAAGACGGCGACGGCCUCGCCGUCCGUCUUUCAGCCAGUGUUCAUAUCCACCCCCACUGUGCUCCUGGAGAACACCAACACACCCAAGCAGGUGUCCGUCCCCACCGCCAAAGGCACGAUGAGGCCCCCCACCAGCCUGGACGAGGUCAUGAAGACCACCAAGAUCAUCAUCGGCUGCUUCGUGGCCGUCACGAUGCUGGCGGCCUUCAUGCUGGUGGCGUUUUACAAACUGCGGAAGCGGCAUCAGCAGCGGAGCACGGUGGCAGCCGCCAGGACUGUAGAGAUCAUCCAGGUGGAUGAGGACCUGCCCCCGGCAGCCACUAGUAUACCAGGGGAGGGCGCCGUUGUGUUGCCCUCCAUGCGAGACUGCAACAGCACCUAUAAAUCCACGUUUAACACCUACAGACCAGCACACGGGGCACACUGGACAGAGAACUGCAUUGGGAACUCACUGCAUCGAAACAGGUCCCACGCCGUCAUGGCAGUCAGCGAGCCCUACGUCAUAAAAACUCACAACAAGGAGAAGGUACAGGAGACUCAGAUCUAACAUCGCCAUUCCUUCGUUGUCUCUCGUUAAAAUGCAAUAGAAUGCACAAAAAAAAACAGCAGUCUUUUGUACAGUGUGCAAAACGGACUGUUUUCUUGUACAUGCUUAUAAAUAAAAAGCCUAUAUAUAUAUGAAAGAUAGAUCAAUCUGCUAUGGGCUGAUAAGAGAAGAUUAUAUAAAAGAAAUACAUUUAAACUAUUUUCUAACUUGUAACUUUAUUUAAAACAGAGAGGUUGAUAAGAUGCUGUUAUGAUUUGGGAACAUGAUUGGGUGAACCUGUCUGAAAAAAAGGGCAUUCUGUCAUUUUUAGACAAUGAUAUCUAGGAUGCAGUAAAUCCCGAUUUAUACCGAGAAGAAUUUCUAAACAAAAGCCCCAAAUCAAACUUACAGGUUUAUCUUGUGAAAGCACCAAGAAUUUGUACUGUGCCAAAUGUUAUAAAUGCAAUAAAGGAUUUUUGAA